AUGAGUGAGGCUCCCCCGAUGGUGCUGCGCCUGCGUGGCGUCCGCUGCGCUUCAUCCUGGUCACGAUUUACGGCACCUCCAAUGGUCUACAUUUCCGGCGAGGAGAUGUCCCGCUACACCAUGGAGCUCAUUAUGGAUAAAUGGGUCAAGCCUUCGGUAGACAUCUCGAAAUGGGAGUUCUACGACUUGAGUUGCAAGGAACGCGAUGCCACAAAUGACCAAGUGCUGAAGGAUGCUGUGGCCGCGGGAGCUCGCAUUGGAUCCAUCUUUAAAGAGCCGACCAUUACUCCCACAAAAAAACAGAUGGCAUCCAUGGGCCUUAGCAGACCCUUGGGUUCACCGAAUGGUUUGAUGCGUCGCGGUUGGAAUGGCAUUACCAUCUCCAGGGAUACCAUCCACAUCCCUGGCAUUGAGCUGGGUUUCAAAAGACCUGUGCUUUUUGAACGACAUGCUGUGGGUGGUGAAUAUGGAGCUGGCUGGAAGAAGGUUGGCAAGGGCAGGGUGCUCACAACCUUCUUCCCUGAGAGCAUGGACGAGGGCAAGCCCAUCAUUGUGGAUGGACGUGAGGUGAAGGACGAUCGCAGCUGUGUUGUGGUCUAUGACAACCCUUUGGACAAUGUUGAGGACCUGGCUCACAUUUUUUUCCAGCGAUGCUUAGAAGCAAAGGUGGUGCCCUAUGUGGUAACCAAAAAGACAGUCUUCAAGUGGCAAGAGGGGUUUUGGCAGAUCAUGAAGGAAGUCUUCGAUGCCAAGUACAAGGCAGAUUUCUUACAAGCUGGUUUGCUUGAGAAGACACAUGGCGAAUUGCAGCACUUGAUCAGUGAUGCUGCGACGAUGCAAAUCAUUCGGUGGACUGACGGAGGUUUUGGCAUGGCCUGCCACAACUACGAUGGCGAUAUGCUAACCGAUGAGGUUGCGCAGGUUCAUCGAAGUCCAGGCUUUAUCACUUCGAAUCUGAUUGGCAAGCGGGAGGACGGCGCUCUAAUCAAGGAGUUCGAGGCUUCCCAUGGCACGGUUGCCGACUUGUGGCAUGCGCAUUUGCGUGGAGAAGAAACAUCCAUGAACCCUUUGGGUAUGGUGGUGGCUUUGCUUGGGUCUAUGGAUCAUGCUGCGGCUUUGGCACAAGAUCCAAAAGCCAUUGAAGUCACAUCACACUUCACCAAAUGUUGCCAAGCAGCUGUCUAUGAGGCCUUCCGCAGUGGGAAAGGUACGCGAGAUAUGGCAGGCCCAGAAGGUUCAACGACCGAGCAAUUUGUGAAUACUGUAGCUGAAGAUUUGCUCAGGCGAUUAGAAUCUCCUGAUGGGACGGUACUUGCAGAAAUGGCGGCGGAAGGCUCCGCUCCCAAGGUGAAAGUCUCCCGAAAGUUUCGAAGAAACUACAAGGUGGAUGAAGGCAAGAUGCAGGCCAUGUUUGCCAGAUUCGACACUGAUGGCAAUGGGAAGAUUGAUUUUGAGGAGUUUGUCGAAUUGGCCCUGGAGUUGGGCAUUGCUCCUUUGGAGGAUGAUGCGAUUCAAGCAGAGAUGGAGCAAGCUGAGCACAAGGCAGAUCUAGAAGCGGCUCGUGGACGAGUCCGUGCCACAGCCGAAUUUGUGGACAUGUCUUGUGGCGCGCGACAGCCGAUGCGGAAGCCACCCGAUAUGGCAGGACUUCGGAUCCUUUUGCUGCAGACGCUCAAGGGCUGCUCCUUGGGCAGACCCUUCUGGGCUCAAGCGACCUCGGGAUGUCGACAUUUGCUCAUUGCGAACUAUUUGCCUUCGAAUUGUGGAAAUGUUUUGGAGCUCUUUGCGGCAGAGAGUGUUGACCGGUCACUGUUGACUGCAGAACGUGAGCUUCGAGUAGCCCGAGCCGCAGGUUUCUCUUCUCUCCGUGUUUUUCUGCACGAGGAGCUCUUUUACCAGGAUGGCACUGCUUUUUUGGGGAGGAUCAGCCGAUUUCUUGCAUUAUUCCAACGUCACGGCAUGUCUGCAAUGCUGGUGCUGUUCGAUGCCUGCUGGAGGCCAGACAUGCCUGAUGCUGGAGAACACCUGCCAGGUGUGCACAACAGUGCCUGGGUUCAAUGUCCAACCCACGACGUGCUGCGGGCCUUUGCUGAGAGUCAAGACUGGGCGCAUGAGCGUUUACAGCGUUAUGUCACUGAAGUAGUGCGCUUUUUUGCCGACGAUCCACGAGUUGUGGUGUGGGACAUAUACAACGAACCCACACAGCGACAGAGUGAGCACCUCAUUCUUCCUCGAUUGUCUGCUCUCAAAAGCUGGCCAGCCGAUCAAUACCCGGAGCAUUGGAUGUUGGACGGGCCGAAGCUGCAAGCCAUAAUGCUUCUACUAGAGAAGGCCUUCACAUGGGCACGAGCGGCAAAGCCAACACAGCCACUCACGACUGCCAUUUGGGAGUUUCCCAGCCCAGCGGAUAGCGAGGAUGUCAAGCAGUUCAAGGAGCAGCUGAAUCAGAAGCUGAUCGAUCUCAGUGAUGUGCCGUCAUUGCAUUGCUACUGCCCCCCAAGCGAGCUGGACGCACGACUGGUGGAAUUGGAAGCACUCGAUCGAGGGCCAGCCUUGGUCACAGAAUUCAUGGCACGCCCACUGGACUCGACGCUUACAAACAGUUUGCCUGUGCUGAAACGACGCGGCGCUCCUGGCUACACCUGGGGCCUUUUUUCGAGGCAAGUCCAACACCCAUGUGGCUUGGAAUACUUGGCUCAGCAGUGACACUUAGCGAACUUAUCCGGAACUUGCCAGGGUUCUAGAUUCGAGACAGCGGGCUCUUGUGGAUUCAGCAAGGGGUUUGCCCAGGAUUCGCUUGAUGACCCAUGGUUUCACGACGUUUUUUACGAGAAUGGCACGGCAUAUGAUGAAGAUGAGUUGAAGAGCAUUUGGUGGCAUACCAUUGGCAGUGCUUUGCACAGUUAACUCAGUUGACUGGAAA